GUCAAAAUUUUGCGUGAAGAUAUUGAACAGGACAUUUGUCUACUCAACCAGUGUAUGUCAAAAGCAGGGAUUUAUGUUAAUAAAUACCUAACUGAGAUUCAACUAAGCGUUAAGACUAUCAAGGAGCUAUUUUAUUGAUUUCCUCCAAAUAUUCAAAUGAUAUAUUGUUUGCUGCACUAAAAAAAAUUUAUAGCCUUUAUAAUAUUAGAUGACAUUCGGAUAUGUUUUGACAACGGAAGGUUACAAGAUGUUAGUUACUAAAAUCCGAAAUAAAACUAAUUGUACAGUAGACCGCCGAUUAUUUGGUGGGCUAUUAGAUCGGAUAGAGACCUUGGAGUGUAGUCAACAUGUCACAAGAAAAAGAACUAGAUAUGAUCGACAGGGAUCCAAACGCACUUAAUGCUCACGUCAAGGUAGCAUUUGAGGACGUUUUGGCUGAGCCAGAUGGCGCCCACAGCAUAGACUGUGUCUGGAAAGCCAGCUUCUUUUGCUUCAACUGCGGCAAGAACUGCUGUUACAAACUGAUGACCACACUGUGUGGGAUUUUCAUCGCUCUGUCCUGGGGCUGUGAGUUUGCCUUCAUCACCUUUGAUCAAGUCUGGUGUAUCACUCCUUCACUAAGGAUCUUUAGCAUCUAUAUGGGAUGUUGCCAGAAGUACUUUGGCACGAUGGUAACGUGCUGUUUAGCGCCAAUCUGUGAAACAUGUGGUCUCAUGUUCAGCAGAAUAACUGUGUCAAAUAAAUGAUUGUUAUCAUGUUUUUAUGGAUUAAAAUGUGAUAUUCGCCUCAAUUCUGUGAUAGACUUUUUUCGAUAAAAACAAACUUAUUGUCAAAAUUGUUUUGUUUAAUCAAUCUAUUACAUUUUAAAAAAAAAUAUCAUUUGUAGAAAAGUAUUUGAUAUGUACAAAGAUUUAUCUCGCUUUGUUAAUGCUUAUCAUAAUGGACCAAUAUAUGCAUUAAAAAAUGUUAGAGGAUUA